AUGAUGAAACUGAGUAUUUUAUGGCUUACCCUUUUAGCUUUUUUGCUAGCUCAGGUUACUGCAGAAGGAUUUGAAGUCCCACAAGUUUGGGAAAAUCUUAAUUUCACAAGACAAGUCGAUGUCAGCAGGGUAUACGGAAGAGAAAAAAUCCUUUUAGAUGUUAAGAAUGUUGGUAAGGAGGAUGCUACUGAGUAUUUUAUGGCAUUACCAAUUGAUUUGCUGAACAAGAUUUCAGUGGUUACAUCUAUCAUCAAAGAUAGGGAAACGUUCCCAGAUACUUUGUUAACUAAAAAUAUUACUAUUUUGGAUGAUGGUUCUAAGAUCGGUUAUGUCAAAAUGGUAUUACCUGAACCUGCCGCUGCAAAAGAAGAAAUUUCCAUUAUUGUCACUUUAGAGUACAAUGCUCGUGGUGUUCCAUACCCAGAGAGUAUUGGUCUAAAUGAAGAACAACAUUUAUUACUAACCACAAACAAACUACCCUUAUCUGCUUAUUUGACAAAGGAAUCCACUUUAUUAUUCAUCGGCAGUUCUUCAUUCGAAGAAAUUAAUGGCCCUUCUGAUGAAUCUUUAAAGGGCGAAGAAGGUGAAAACAGUAUUUCUUUUGGUCCAUUUAAAAACACCAAAGCUUACACAAAUGAUAACAAAGUAAAGCUAAAAUAUUUACAUAAUGUUCCAUUAAAUGUUGUCACUACAUUGAAGAGAGAUCUUUGGAUUUCUCAUUGGGGUUCCGUUGUACAAUUCCAAGAAUAUUACGAAUUAACAAACCGUGCUGCUAAAUUGAAUAAAGGAUUCUCAAGAUUAGAACAUAUGAAACAGAUGCAACAAACAUUAAAUGGCCAUUACAGAGGUAUUCUUGAUAACAUAUUACCAACAGGUGCUACCGAUCACUAUUAUACUGAUUUAGUCGGUAUGGUUUCAACUUCUCAAAUUAAAGGUGCUCAUUUUUAUUUAAAGCCAAGAUAUCCAAUUUAUGGUGGUUGGAAAUACAACUAUACCAUUGGUUGGACUAAUGAGUUAUCUGACUUUGUUCACUCAAUUGACAACAAUUCUUUUAUCCUUUCUGCACCUUUGCUAAAUGGUCCAGUUGACACUGCCUAUGACACAGUAGAAUUAUCUCUGUAUUUACCAGAGGGUGCUAUUGUUGAAGAAAUUGACUCUCCAUUACCAUAUGAAAAAGUAAGUAUUGAUACUGAAAAAUCUUACUUUGAUUUAAAUAAAGGUCAUGUAAAAGUGACUUUUACUUUCAACAAUUUAAUUGAUGAAUUACGUGGCGGUAAAGUCCUAAUUAAAUACCAAUACGAUAAUGUUGCAUUUUAUAAAAAGCCAUUAUCAAUCGCUACUUACAUUUUUGUUGCAUUAUUGAGUAUUUUUACUUUAAACCAAAUAAACAUAAGAGUCAAUUAA